CCUUCUCUGCGCGCGUGCGUAGUGCACCCCCUUCCAGGCGGGGGCAUGAGCGCCGCCGUCUUGAAGCAUAGAGGGGUGGCAGUGUGCAUCAUGGAAAACUACCAGAAGUCCAAGACUGUGGAGAAGCCAUCUCCUCUCCCUUUCAGCAAUCUGCCCUUGGACAUCAUUGAGAUGAAAGUGAAGGAUGGCAGCAAAAUCCGGAAUUUGAUGGGCUAUGCCAUUGGCAAGAUGGAGCUGGAUCCAGUGAGGCAGGUUCUCUUCAGUGGUGCCGGCAAAAGCAUCAGCAAGGCCAUCACUUGCGUGGAGAUCAUGAAGCGGCGUCUCAGUGGCCUUCACCAGAUCACAAAGGUGUUCUUCCAGCAAAUAGAGGAGAUCUGGGAGCCCAUUGUGCCUGAAGUGGGACUUGACCCAUUGACUGUCAAGCGAAACAUCCCUGCCAUCUACAUUUUGCUGAGCAAAGAUCCAUUGGACACUCAGGAGCCAGGAUACCAGGCUCCCGGUUCUUUUGAUGCCUUCUGGGUGGAAACUCUGAAAUCAGAGUCUCAGGGCCAGGCCAAGAGGAAACAGGGGGCAGGCAGAGGGGCUGGCCGUGCCUGGAAGCAGUCACGCUCUGUUACGCGAGAGGAGUCCUACAAAAAACCCUGACAGUCAAGACUUGAAAGGACUGCUUGUGGAGCCAAAGCAACCCAGCUGAGUACUGGAUUUUAAACUGCCUAUGCUGGAAAGGCACGCUGGAGAGGUACAAUUGAGGCCAAGGAGAGGCAUGCCAGACUGAAUUUGGAAAGCAUUUGCAACUCUGCCAGCUGAGCUUUGGAGUCUUGUUAUUCUUUUCUUGGGCUUGCACUGGAAAUGCUCACAAUGGGUUUUGUGCCCAGUAUGUUCUGGACUGGUGUGCUUGAAAUGUCAAUAAAUGAACAGCAGUGAAUUUUCCUUAGAGGGAAAGACAGUGGGUUGGAUCUGCUGCAGCAGAAGUAUCAUUUUUUUUUGGGGGGGGGGGGGAGCUGCAGGAUCCUGGUGAAUAAAAGUAGCAAGGUCUUGCAGAAGUCUUGCAUUUCUUCUCAUCUGUCCCCCACUGUUCAGAACACAGUCUUUGAGAUGACUGGAUCUUUCUUGAUGAAGCAAGUUUGUCAGACCAACAAAAAAAACCCUUAUACCUGUUGAAUAAUGAUGCUAAUAUAACUGAGACAACAGCCAAAUUUCUACGUGUCGCCAUCGAGAUGUGUCUGUAAGCAUUAGGAGUUCUGUAGCACUGCAGCCGAUUCUCAAACUCUAUUAUGUUAUGUAUGGAUAUUCUUUUUUCCUUUUUGUCUGUCUUUAUGCUGAUAUGACAAUAAAGCUUGUCUUGAAUUGUA